AGUUGGUUUAUCUCAUGAUUUUAUAUCAGUAUUUGAUGGCGCCAAACGUUUGAGAGACAUCUGGCAGUAAGCCAUGAGCUCCACCAUCCCUUUGGUCACCACCACCGCUCCGACCCACCACCCACCAUCAAUUGAAAGACUCACAUUCCUGAUCGACAAGCCAAACUCCAUCCACCACCUCCUCCAGACCCACGCGCUUCUCCUCCGCCACAACCUCCACCACCACCACCCAAUCCUCAACUUCAAGCUCCAACGCUCCUACGCCUCCUUGGGCCGCCUCGACUACUCCGUCGCUCUCUUCCGCCGCACCCAAAACCCCACCGUCUUCUUCUGGAGCUCCAUCAUCAACAGCCACUCCAAACGCGGCCUUCACGACCUUGCUCUCAUGUUCUACACCCAAAUGCUCACAAAUGGAGUCCAACCCAAUUGCUUCACGUUCUCCGCAUUGAUGAAGUCAUGCUCAAUUGAUGCCGGAAAAUUCCUUCAUUGCCAGACAAUCAAGUUCGGUUUCGAUUCCGAUUUGUAUGUGAGGACCGGCCUUGUGGAUGUUUAUGCUAGAGCCGGGGAUGUUGUGGGUGCAAGACAGCUGUUCGAUACAAUGCCGGAGAGAAGCUUGGUUUCUUUAACGGCCAUGAUUACUUGCUAUGCGAAGCGGGGAGAGGUGGAUGAGGCCCGUGUGUUGUUUGAUGGAAUGAAAGAGAGAGAUGUGGUGUGUUGGAAUGUGAUGAUUGACGGGUAUGCGCAGCAUGGGAUGCCGAAUGAGGCUUUGUUGCUGUUUCGGAAAAUGCUGGUGGCCAAAGUUAAGCCGGAUGGAGUGACUGUGCUGUCUUUGCUCUCUGCGUGCGGGCAGAUUGGAGCUCUUGAGUCUGGUAGAUGGCUUCAUUCGUACAUUGAGAAUAAUGGGAUUCGGAUUGAUGUACAGGUUGGUUCUGCUUUGAUUGAUAUGUAUAGUAAGUGUGGUAGUUGGGAGGAUGCAAGGCUCGUUUUCGAUGGGAUUGGCGGGAAGGAUGUUGUUGUUUGGAAUUCGAUGAUUGUUGGGUAUGCAAUGCAUGGGUUUAGCCGAGAGGCAUUGGAGUUGUUCAGUGAGAUGUGUAGAAUUGGGUACCGGCCUACGGAUAUAACGUUCAUUGGUGUUUUGAAUGCUUGUGCUUAUGCUGGUUUGGUCAGCGAGGGACGAGCUUUCUUCAGUUCAAUGAAGGAUGAAUAUGGGUUCGAACCAAAGAUUGAGCAUUACGGAUGCAUGGUAAAUCUUCUCAGCCGUGCUGGGAAGGUAGAAGAAGCGUAUGAGUUUGUCAAGAACAUGAAGAUUGAGCCUGAUCCAGUCUUAUGGGGAACUUUACUCGGAGCUUGUAGACUCCAUGGUAACAUUGAUUUGGGAGAGCGGGUAGCAGAGUUCCUUGUUGGACAAAAUCUUGCGAAUUCUGGAACAUAUAUUCUUCUUUCUAACAUAUAUGCCGCAGCUGGGAACUGGGAUGGGGUGGCAAAGGUGAGGACCUUGAUGAAAAACAGUGGGAUUCAGAAGGAGCCCGGCUGUAGCUCAAUUGAAGUGAAUAAUAAGGUACAUGAGUUCCUAGCCGGGGAUAAGAAGUGCCCGAGGACCAAAGAGGUAUAUACGAUGAUCGAGAAGAUAAAUGGUUGGCUCAAGGCCCACGAUUACACCCCACAAACAGAAACUGUCUUACACGAUCUAGGGGAGAAGGAAAAAGAGCAGUCCCUUGAAGUUCAUAGUGAGAAGCUUGCAAUUGCUUUCGGGCUGAUCAGUACUCAACCCGGAACUACCCUCAAAAUCGUGAAGAACCUCCGUGUGUGUUCCGACUGUCAUGCUGUGACCAAGUUAAUAUCAAAAAUCACUGGACGAAAGAUUGUAAUGAGGGACAGAAAUAGGUUUCACCACUUUGUGAAUGGUUCAUGCUCUUGUGGUGAUUACUGGUAAAUAAUGUAUUACACUGACUAUACCUUGUUUUUGUAAUGCAAAUGCAUACUGUAGUUUUCAUCUCACAGAAA